GGAAAGCGCCAGAGGGGAAUCUGGAGAAGGUGGCAUAGGCGAAGAUGAAGUGGACAAACUCAACCAGGAGUUGAAGGACAUGAGAGAUUCUCUUGCAGAAAAAUCCAAAAAGCUGACAGAGAGGACUGAAGGUGCAGCUAAGUAUGAUGGUUUUAGCUUCUGGAUCAAAAUCAAAUGUGAAACACAUACUUUGUUGCUUGAAAUUUUUGCAGGUUCUAAUUUUUGCGAUUUUCCCAGCGAUCCGCGAAUGUAAGUUACAGCAAAUAAAAAACUGCCGCAAAUAUUUCUCCUGCAAAAAAUUUACUCCAGAACAAAUAACUUAAAUUCACUACACAAAAAUACAGUACUAAGAAAUCAUGUCUGUUCAAUUACAAGUUGCCUCUUUCAUUCAGUAACAAAACGGUAUACCACAAAUUACUGGUUUUACAGGGUAUUGUUUGAAAAUAUGUAUUUCUAUGGCACGUACUGAACAAAAACAAAAAUAUUAUCAAUGCUGGGUACUGGGUAACUUUCUGAAAAUUGCAAAAAUUAAUUUCCGUCAAGAUAAACCAAUCUAUCCUAAUGGCAAAAAUUAGUUCCCGUAAAACACAAAAAAUCGCAAAUCUGCAAAAAUAAACUGCAGCCACAAUUUUGUGCCACACGGUACAUGUAAACUUUUUCAUUAUGAAAAUAGAUGUAAUCUGUCACUGUGUACGUAAGAACUGUACAAUUAUUUUUAAAACCAAAGAUCAGACCGUUGAUACCAUAAAAACUUGUCAGUCUUAACUUUUUCUGUUAGCAUCAGUUGAUUGAUCAAGAUUACCUACUGAACAAGGUCUUUCCCAUGACAUAUACAUAAUAAAUCAACGACCUGUUACUUGCAUUCAGUGGUUUGCUGUUAUUGCAGUUUUCUUUUCAGUGUCUCAGUUUCCAAGUUUGGAUGCAAUUAUGUAUAGCUAUACAUGUGUAUGAGUGUGACCGAGAGAUGGACAAAGAUAGUGAAAAUGAUAUAUAUGGUCUGUUAGGCAUGUUAGGCAGUAAACCCGAGAACAAUGUGUCAGAAUGCAACACUUCUGAUCAUCUACUGAAGAGUGAUCUCCAUAUAGGUUUUUAAAAGAAUAUUUGCUAUUCCACCUUUAAAUACAGAGCUUGAGAAGACAAAGAAAGAUUUAGCAGCAUUAAAAGAGCAAGCUGCGGGACUAACAAGAGAGUAUGACAGGCUUUUGGACGAGCACUCUAAAGCACAGGUAGGUAAUGUAUAGUAGGGAGGGGAGACACAAUAACACGGUGUCGGUAGGGGAGGGUCUGCUCAGCCUGCUUUGAAACUGAAGACUGCUAGUGAGUUUGACAGCCUUUGGGUGAGUACCCUAAAUAAAGCACAGUUGAGGAGGGAGGGAGGGAGGGGACAUGAUAACACACUUAGAGGAGGGGAGGAGAGGGUCAGUUUACCAUGAUGGAGCCAGCUGCUGGACUACAUGUAACAAGAGAGUAUAACAGGCUUUGGGAUGGACACUCUAAAGCAAAAGUGGGUAGGGAGGGAGGGGACAUUUGUUAUAAUACAAUGAUAGGAGGAAAGGGGAAAGUAGCAUAGAAAAUGUUUUGAGGGGGACCGCUAUAAAGGCCACAUUUAAUUUGAGGGCGCAAUUGACAUUCAAUAAAAAUAGCUAAAUUCUCUCUUUGUCAAAGUUUGUUGUGAUGACUUGACCAUCACUUUUUAUUGACUUGUGAGCUCUUUUUGUUAACUUAUUCUUUCUUUCUUUAUUUAUUUCAAAGGCACAGUUGGAAAAAGACGAGACCCAAACUAAAGAAGACAAGAAAGACAACUGAGAUGGUUGGGUGUAUGGCCAGAGAUUGGCCAGGGAUCACUAAACCAACAAACUGCCGAUUCUAAUAUAGUUUACAAGGUCUAGUCUUGUAACACACUAGGGAAUUUUUAUGUUUGAAGGUCAAUGAGCAAUAAUCUAUGUGUUAUCCACCUGUGUAAAUUAAAAACAGCGUUCAAAAGGAUUUAAACUUCUAAAUAAAUAGCUGCUACACAAAUACAAAGAAAACAGUUAAGUAAGUGUAUUGAGAAAAUAUGAUUUAUAACCAUGAUCACCGACAAUAAAAACCAAGUUUUGUUUUGAGGUCAUAAUUAUACUCUUACAAACUUAGGCAUUUAUGGGUUAUAUUCCCAUCUGAACAAUUUAAGGAAUCAUGUCAAUGGAUGUUUUUGUAAAAAACAUAUUCUCGAAAUUGGAUAAGUUUGUAAAGGAAUAAAGUG